GUUGUAUUAACAGCCUGCUCGAGAGUCAACUGAUGUGGAAAGAUCGUUUGUGAAAGGUGCUGGGAAUCAAUUGCCUUGUAGACAUGAAGAAUGAUCAUGUUCCAGCUCUUUAAUGGAAUGGAAGAUUUUCAAAUAGGUGAUGAUUUGCAUUAAAACUGCACUGAAGAACUAUGAAGUGGUUUUGUGUGGUACUGUGGAGAAAAAUACAAUGUCAUUUCUGGGCAUACUCAACACUGGUUCUAAAGAAAGAAAAACAAGUUCCAUAUUACUGCAUCUACAGCCAUAGACAGUUGUCAGAUCACAAGCCUAAAAAAAUUAAAGACUUUUACAUGCUGCUUAAACUUCAGGAAGGCUGCUCUUUGGAUGAUGUUAGAAAUUCAUACCGAGAUCUUGCCAAGAAAUACCACCCAGACAGUGGUUCGGUUACAGCAGAUGCUGCAACUUUUGUGCAAAUUGAUGAAGCAUACAGAGUGGUACUUAAUGAUGUGGCUGAGAAAAUUAAAUCAAAUGAAAAGGAAGAUGAGGAAGAAGACAAAUUCAAGUCUGUAGCACCACAACAUAGACAGUAUUUAAGUUUUGAAGGCAUUGGUUUUGGUACACCAAGUCAAAGAGAAAGACAAUAUAUGCAGUUUAGAGUUGAUCGGGCUUCUGAACAGGUCAUGGAAUACCGCAAACAGAAAAUGGAGAGCCAGUCCGCUAUGAGCAGUACAAUGUUAGCAAAAGAUAUAAGGCAAAGUAAGAAGGUAAAAAUCACCCAAGCAAUUGAACGGUUGGUUGAAGACCUAAUUCAGGAAUCUAUGGCGAAAGGAGACUUUGAUAACCUCAGUGGUAGAGGAAAGCCUUUACGAAAAUUUUCAGACUGUCCACAUAUUGAUCCUAUGACUCACAAUUUGAAUCGUAUUCUGAUAGACAAUGGAUACCAACCAGAAUGGAUUAUAAUGCAGAAAGAAAUACGGGAAACAAUUGAAAAACUGAGGAAGGAUUUGAUUGCUUCCAGGAAUAAAUUGGGAGAUCCAAUGACACUGCAUAAAACAAAACUCUGGAACGAGGUCUGUGAACAGUUUACAGAAAAUAUCAAUAAAUUAAACAAAAGAAUUAAUGAUUUCAAUUUAAUUGUCCCUAUUCUCAGCAGACAGAUGGUGCAUUUUAAUGCCAACAAAGAAAUUGCACGUGCACAAGAACUCUGCGAAGUCCAGAUAAAGAAAACAAGGGCUGAAGAAAACACAAAGGAAAUAGAACAUGAUCGUGGCAGAGAAUCUGAUCUUAAGACCAGCUUUUUAAAAUGGAUGAAUCUUAUUUUGAAGUAAGAUCGAGAUUUGGUUUCAUGAAGACUUACAUCACUUCCACAAACCAUUCUGUUUUCGAUUUACUGAUACAACAAACUGCAUUUCCUCCUUUGCCAUCAAACUGUACAAAUGAAUCAACACAGUUCUACCAGUAAAGCCUUGGGUUUGUCAAGAUUCCUGCAUUUUCAUGUAUGUCAAAUUAGAUUUAAAAAGAGAUUGUUAGUCAAGUUAUAUUUACAUUUGGAAAUAAAAAUAUAUAUGAAAUUAAUUUCAGGAACAUUGUUGUUUUGGAGUUGAAAGAUCAUCACUCAUCUUCAGUAAUGCUUAUGCUGGAGGCAAAAUGAUAGAAGCACUAGAAUCUGCCACUUGAAGAAGCUGCUUUGUCGUGUCACCUGUUGCUCCACAUCCAUUCUUUUCCAUUCCAUUGCUGGUUGAGAAUGGAUGGGAAUCUGGCUACAAUUUUUUUACAGUGUUCUUUAGAGCUCAGUGUUUCUCAGUGAUGAUAAUGCUGCUUUACAAUAGUGCUGCUGACCAUCUCCACCAUCUCAUAUUGUGAAAGGGCAGGACCAGCCUAACCAUGUAAGUGAUCUAGGCAGGCACCUGGGGACCAGCUGUUAAGGGGUGCCAAAAAGCUCAUGCUGAGCUCCUCCUCUCCUUUGGGAUCCACAGCUACAUUCACCUAUGUCUCCAGCUGUGCACCCAGUGUGGCCAGUGGAAACACUAGGGGGAGGUAGGAAGAGAGGAAUGCUGUGCCUGUGCCCACCUACUAGCCAAGCCUGCCUAGGUGAGAGGAGCAUACAGAG